AUGGAUGAAACCUCGCAAAAUGUUUUAGAAGCACGUUCAAAGGCUGCGCAAAGCCUUGAAAAACAAGCCAAAAAGAUGAAAGCAACUUCUCACAAGUUGUAUCAACCAGCGAAGGUUGGAGAUAAUAUCAUCAUACCCACUCCUGAUGUAGACAGGGCUAAAGAAGAUCUUCGGAACGUUAUUGGAGUUGUGCUUGAAGCAUCUGAUGAUGGAUUUUAUAAGAUUGGGACCAAGCAUGGUAUCUUACAAAAAUUAUAUUGCAGAAAUGAAUUUGAUAGCUGCGCACAAAAAUUUUUAUUGGUAGAAGAAGAAAACAAAAACAUUGAACUUUCGUUAAGAACCGCAGCGAUCAAACAUUCAGUUGGAACAGGCCAAGGUUUCUUUAAGUGUAGUUGA